AUGGCCAGAGUCGCCUGCGAACUUCUAUCGUUCCCGGAAUGUACCAUAGCCAUGUCUGGCGAACAGGAAGAGGAACUACAGAAACAGCUAGAAAUUCGGAGAGAGAUCAGGCGCUUGCAAGCUCAGCUUACAUCUCUUCCCGACUCCGCAAACGACGUAAUCGGAUCUCCCAAGAGGAAACACCCAUCUGAAACUUUGCUCGCACCCGCUACUCCGUCUCCUAAGAAGAAGAGGAGGGUCGAUCAUGCAGGCCAUACACAGCGCUCGUUACUUGGCGGGACGAGUGCCACCUCGAGAUCCCUCUCAUCGUCUGGAGCUCGGAGCGUGAAUCCACGGCCUUCGGGUAAAGGUCCGAUUGCUACGGUGCAAUAUCAGAAACCUGCUCCUUCGAAUCUCCUCGGCAACCUUUCUAAAUUAUCAGGUGGCACAGCAAAGCAAGAAAAUGCAAAUUCAGCUCAGAGGUCCCACAGCUUACUGGCUCGACCCAAACCUGAGCCCUCCAUUGCUUCAAAUUCCAAAAUGACUGAAGUGCCACCUAGUGCCUCCCAAUCUGCUUCGGACAUCGUGCCGAACAGAGAUGACCGACUGGCCAUUGUCGAGCAGCUUGAAGUCGGUCCCGUGGAUCACAAGCCGCCACUCGAUGACUCUCAUUUCAGCGACUUGAGCCAAAUUCAGGGAUCCGACUUUCGUACGUCUCGUUCAUUACCACACGAUGAUUUGCAGGAAUAUCUCCGAGGUCGAUAUUACCUUUCACCGUCUACACUUUACUCUUGCAUACGACUGUUACCCAACCAGUCAGGUUACGAUGUACCUGUUGAAGGUGAUUGGAUCACAAUCGCUGUUGUUGCAGAACGGGGCCCUGUGAGGACUACGCGUGCUCCCGUAGACAUCGCUCCUGGCGGCGAUGGACGUGCAACCGAUGAUGAAGGAGCCUCUGGUAACGCCAACGGCCGUAGAGCUGGUAACGAUUCUCGUACUCAAGACCCGCAGAAACAAAAGUCCUCGAAAUCUCACGGUAAAAAAUUUGUCAACAUCAAAUUAAUUGACUUUGGGGCACAUUCACGACCAUCAUCGUCCGGCGCAGCAUCCAUCCGAGGAGACGCAUUUCUGACCCUCUUGCUGUUCGAAGCUGAUAGGUUUGACCGCGUCACGAGCGACGAUGGAAAAGUCAAGAAGCUCUACAAUGGUGGCAGCAAAGGCGCUUUCGAAGCAAUGUCAAAGCUUAAAGAAGGGGACGUCAUCACUCUUCUCAAUCCCAAAGUCCUCAAGCCCUUCCAGCGGAACAACAAAAUCGGGAAACCGCACCCAACCGACAACAUACUCGCUGUCACACCCGAGUCCGCCGAAUCCAUCGCCAUCAUCGGACGCGCACAAGACUUGGGCAUGUGCAAGGUGCUCAAACGCGACGGCAAAAUAUGCGGAAGCUGGACGGACAAGCGAGUGAGCGACGUAUGCGAUUGGCACUUGACGAACGCUGUGCAACGGCAAAGAGCCGGGCGAGCUGAAUUUUCUGCAGGGACUUCUGGCAUGACAACUUCGUCAUCAAAGAAGCGCAAAGCGGAUUACGAUCCACAACGCCAGUGGGGAUUACAGCCUUCUGAAGCGUCUGGCUCGCGUGGGGGCAACGCCACGUACGUUGUCUCGGGGCACGUCGUGAGCGGGUCGAAUCGGGAUGUCUCGUCGAUGUUUGUCGCUGAGAACAUGGGGCGCGAAGGCCAGGCGCGAGCGAAGCGAAAGCUGAUCCAGGAUGCCGAUCACGAGCUGAAACGCCUACUCGAGAGGGAUAAGGAAGGCAUGCGUGCUGUUGCCAAGGCCAGGGAGAUAGGCACGAUGACGGCGAAGCGAACCUUUGAUAGUGCUAAGGAUAAGAAGUACGCAAAGUUGAAGGGAAAGGCGAGAGAUUCAGGUAGUAUCUCAGCAUCUGACACACCCCAGACGAAGCUGGCGUAUUCUGCAGAUAUCAUCAAGAAGCUUGGAUUCGAUCCUGCAGCGAAAACAGGGCAGAAACGGGCGGUACAGUCUGCGGUGCAAGAUAAGAUUGCAGCCCUCGCAGCUGUCCGUGAGUCCCGGAAGGAAAUUAAUCUUGGUCCGCGACCAGGUCCUAGAAUUCGUUCUGGGGUGACUGUUCCUGCGUUCAUGCUGGAACAUGAACCGGACGAUGAUGAUUGUGGUGAGGAUGGAGAUAACAAUAUCAGUACUGGGGAUAGAGAUGAGGAGGAGUUGAUAGACCUCGAUGACUGA